GGCGAGACAGAUAAGCAAUAUUUCUGGUUUAACGCCUCAAGAAUAUGUUUUUGUGUCUUUGUUCAUAAUUAAUAAUUAAUUUGUUUUCUGAUUAAGUUAUUUUAUUUAUAAUUGUAUUUUCUAUUCUUGUGACUAUUCUUGCAUCCGGUUUGCUGUAAAAUUUCUUUCUUUAAUAAGAUCUCAUUGAAAAAUUAUGGAUAAGUUGAGGCGGGCAUUGAGCGGUGAUGAUAAUUCAGAGCAACAAGGUUUUGCAGCUCAGCUGGGUGAGUCAACAUCCUUAAGUUGGUCAACCCGGAUUCAAGGAUUUCUCAUAUGUUUCAUUCUUGGUUUUGUGUUUUCCAUCAUUGGAUCCCUAUUUUUAGCGAUACCAGGCAAAGGUUUAGUACUUUUUGCUAUGUUCUACACUGUUGGUAACCUUACUUCAAUGGCCUCAACAUUAUUCCUUAUGGGACCAUGGAAGCAACUUAAAAAAAUGUUUAAUGAGACGCGUUAUAUAGCCACCAUACUUGUCGUUGUUUUCAUGGUUUUAACGCUUGUUUCUGGUCUCCAUUGGCAUAAAACUGCAUUAACUGUCUUACUCUGUGUUUGUCAAUUCCUGGCUAUGACUUGGUAUUCCAUUUCUUAUAUACCAUAUGCUCGAGAUAUGGUCAAGAAAACGGUGACCACCUUUGUAGCCUAAAUUUCCAAUUUAACAUAAUCACUUACACCAAUCAAUGGACCAAUAGUCAUCAUCCAAGUAUUUUGUAAUGAUCUUCAACUCUUUACGGUUGUCACUAUAUUUAUAAUAGUUAGAAUUGAAUUGAACCAGCCUGAAAGCUUCUUUUACCUCUGUACCAAUCAAACCCAACUAAUCAACUUGCCUUAUCUUGCCUUAGUCAAAACUUUGAGAAGCAAGAUUGAAUACAGGAAUCCAAAAUAAUUUCCUAUUGAUCUUCUCUGAAAUUUAUCUUAUUACUAUGAUGGAUGUUUAUAUCUUUUGUAAAUAUUUUUUCCAAUCAAUUAUACUCGGAGAUUUAAAUUAUGGACCUAAUUUAAGCAUAUCAAGAUCAGGCCGAUUUAUUUCUUGUCAAAGUGGAAACUAACAAUAAAAUCUCGACAAUUACUUAUUA